UUCACAACUUCUUCAUCACUAGAGAAAAAGGAGGAGACAGCUGGAAGAGAAGAGAAGUAGAAGAAAAACAGGAACGUGACAAAAACACUAUACUGAAACCAUGAUGUCCAAACUGCAGAAAAUCAUUAUGCCAGCAUGGGCUGUCAGAGGACUGCAUAAUUCUGCAGUGGAAGUUUUGAAGUGCCCGGCCCCUGAGGACACAGUCACAGCCAGCUUUGGGAAGUUCAUCAGUGAAAUAAAGCCCCAGCACUUGUCCUCCGUAGUCCUCCACCGCAGCAAAAGGAUGGUGCUGGACAGCAUUGGGGUUGGUGUGAUUGGCAGCACGACAGACGUGUUUGAACUGGCCCUGCAGCACUGUCAGCACAUGUACACUCCUGAUGACAUCAGCUCUGUCUACGGACGCAGGGGCACCAGGCUCUCCCCGACACUGGCAGCUUUUGUCAAUGGAGUGGCGACUCACUCCAUGGACUUUGAUGAUACGUGGCACCCUGCCACUCAUCCCUCAGGAGCAGUCCUUCCUGCUGUGUUAGCACUCAGUGACAUGAUGCCCACUAACAGAAAACCUAGUGGCCUGGACUUCCUGCUGGCUUUCAAUGUCGGCCUUGAGAUCCAGGGACGACUGAUGAGGUUCUCUAAUGAGGCCCACAACAUCCCCAAGAGGUUUCACCCUCCCAGUGUGGUAGGGACAAUGGGAAGUGCAGCUGCCUGUGCUCGCCUCUUGUCCUUGGAUCACUCCCAGUGCAGUCAUGCCUUGGCCAUAGCUGCUUCUCUAUCUGGAGCCCCAAUGGCUAACGCUGCCACUCAGUCUAAACCCCUCCACAUCGGCAAUGCUUCACGUCUGGGGCUGGAAGCUGCCCUGCUGGCCUCCAGAGGCCUAGAGGCGAGCCCCCUGGUCCUGGACGCUGUCGCAGGCGUGGCCGGCUUCAGUGCUUUUUAUGAAGACUACGUGCCACAGCCUUUAAAAUCACCCAGUGGUGACAGCCAUAUGUUCCUGCUAGAGGAGCAGGACAUAGGCUUCAAGCGUUUCCCCGCCCAUCUGGGGAUGCACUGGGUGGCAGAUGCUGCAGCCUCGGUCCAUAAGCUUCUUGUGGGAGUUGGUCCUGGCACUAUUUCCCCAGCUCAAAUCCAGGACAUCCAGCUCAGAGUCCCCAAAUCAAAGUACAUCAACAGGCCUUUCCCUGAGUCAGAGCAUGAGGCACGCCACUCCUUCCAGUUCAAUGCUUGCAGCGCCCUCCUGGAUGGCGAGGUGACUGUGCAGUCCUUCACACCCUCUGCCAUGAGUCGCCCUGAGCUGCUCGCUCUGCUGAGCCGUGUUCACAUGGAGCAUCCCCACGACAACCCGGCUAACUUCAACUGCAUGUAUGGCGAAGUCCAGGUGACACUUGCUGGAGGAGACACCCUGAAGGGCCGCUGUGACACCUUCUACGGUCACUGGCGCAACCCACUGACCAAUGAGAGCCUGAGGAAGAAGUUCAGAAACAACGCAGGGACGGUGCUUUCAUCAGAGAAGGUUGAGAGGCUGAUUGAUGUGGUGGACGAGCUGGACAAACAUGAGAACUGCACCUCCCUUCUCUCACAGCUGCAAUGAACAUUUACAGACACACAUAUAAAUACAUGAAUGAAAAUCAAGUAACCUUCAAACUUUAAGUAAUAAAAUAUAUUUAUUUAAAGACACUGUACUUGUGGCAUUACAGUAAAUAACAUUUAAAGAUCAGGACAUCUUUGUGGACAACGCCGAAAAUAUCACAUGUCCAACUUACAGUAUGACCCUUUACCCUGACGCACUUCAUGUGCAUGAGCAUCAGCUGUAGUCCCCUACCUUGUACACUAUAAUUACACAACGUUUUGAUUAUUUUAUAUUUUUCCAAAUUUUUCCACUUGUCUCAAUCCAUUGUAAAUAUUUAUGUUAUGUACUCUAUGCUAUAAUUAUUUGAUUUUAUUGAGAUAUGAAGUAUAAUCAAGUUAAAGGGAAAAGCAUAGAUCUUUCUGUAUUGAAUAAUAAAUAAAUACUGUGCAAAAUAUUGCCCUUAAUACUGUAUGACUGUGCUAAACAAACAAUUGUUAAUUUGCCUUCUUCAGGACAGAAUCCAACAGUCACCUGACUGACAUUUAUAGUCAAGUGAAAAUAUGAAUGAAGAGAUGACUAGCUUUAAUAAAAUGUACAGCAACCAAGGUUUUUACAACAAGUGCUACAAUGUUCAGAUAGCUGUUAAGUACUCUUUAUUAUAUUGCAUAAUUCUUUCUGUAUUUUCUGACAAACCAUAAUAAAAAAUUACUUAUUUGAACACA